AUGGACGAGUUCCUGGCCACGCCGCAUGGCCUCCGCGACACGGGCGAGACCGGAACACCGGCCCUCGAUUCCCCGGGCUCCAGCAUAGCGGGCUCGGCGCGGGAAUCCAGCACCCCUGGCACCCUGUCCCAAAUAUCCGCGGACCUCGCCGCGAUCUCCGCGAGCAUGAUGACCCGGAAGGAUAAAGGAGAAAUGGUGGCUGAGCUGAGGGCCAUAAUAAGGGAGGAAAUAGCGGCUGUGCGCACCGACCUCACGGCGCUGGAGCAGCGAGUAGACAGGUUGGAAGAGGAGCGCAUACAAUCCUAG